AUGCACCAGUGCCUGGAACAAGUGAUGCACCAGUGCCUGGAACAAGUGAUGCUACAGUGUCUGGAACAAAUGAUGCACCAGUGCCUGGAACAAGCGAUGCACCAGUGCCUGGAACAAGUGAUGCACCAGUGCCUAGAACAAGUGAAGUGCCAGUGCCUGCAACAAGUAAAGCACUGGCCCCUGGAACAAGUGUUGUGCCACCACUUGGCAAAUGAAGCACCAGCACCUGCAACAAGCGUAACACGAGGCCCUGGAACAAGUAAUGCACCACCACAUGGAACAACUGUAGCGCCACCACCUGAAACAAGUGAAGUGUCAGUCCCUGAAACAAGCAAAGCACCAGCACCUGGAACAAGUGACACAUCAGCAUCUAGAACAAGCAAAGAACCAGUGUCUUCCACAAGUAAUGUGCUGGUGCCAGGACCUGGAACAAGUGAUACAUCAGCACCUGGAACAAGCGAAGCAGUAGCACCUGGAACUAGUGAUGCAUCAGCACCUGGAACAAGCGAAUUGCCAGUGCCUGGAACAACUGUGGCACCAGCCCCUGGAACAAGCGAUGCACCACCACCUGGGACAAAUGAGGCGCCAUUGCCUGAAACAACUGGCGUGCCACCAAGUAGAACAAGCAGUGCCACAGCACCUGGAACAACCAAUACACCAGUACUUGGAACAAGCAAAGCACCAGUGCCUGCAACAAGUGAUCCACAAGGUCCUGGAACAACCAGUGCACCAGCACCUGGAACAACUGAAGAGCCAGCAGCAGGAACAAAUGAAUCGCCUGGAACAAGUGCAGCACCAUCACCCAGAGCAAGUGAGACAUCAGCACCUGGAACAAGCGAGAUAUCAGCACCUGGAACAAGUGACACAUCUGCACCUGGAACAAGCGACACAUCUGCACCUGGAACAAGCGACACAUCUGCACCUGGAACAAGCAAAGAACCAGUGUCUUCCACAAGUGAUGUGCCAGCACCUGGAACAACUGAAGAGCCAGCACCAGGUACAAAUGAAUCGACAGGACCAGGAACAAGUGACACAUCAGCACCUGUAACAAGUGAAGCACCACCGCCUGGAACUAGUGAUGCAUCUGCACCUGGAACAAGCGAAGCACCAGCACCUGGAACAAGUGCAGCACCAUCACCUGGAGCAAGUGAGACAUCAGCACCUGGUCUGAGCGAGAUAUCAGCAAGUGAAACAAGUCACGCAUCUGCACCUGGAACAAGCGACACAUCUGCAUCUGGAACAAGCAAAGAACCAGUGUCUUCCACAAGUGAUGUGCCAGUACCUGGGACAAGUGAUGUGCCAGAGCCUGGAUCAUCCAACACACCAGCACCUGGAACAAGCGAAGUGACAGUGCCUGGAACAAGUGUUGCGCCAGGCCAUGGAACAAGUAAAGCGCCAGCACCUGGAUCAAGUGAAGCGCCAGCACCUGGAUCAAGUGAAGCGCCAGCACACGGAACAAGUGAAGCGCCAGCACCUGGAACAAGUAAAGCGCCAGUACCUGGAACAAGUGAGGCGCCAGUACCUGGAACAAGCGGUGCCCCUGCACCUGGAUCAACCAACACAGUAGCAUCUGGAACAAACAACGAUGGACAGUCACCUGGAACAACCAACAGGCCUACAGGCGAAGCAUGA